UCAUUUCAUUCGAUCGCGAAUCGUGUCUUCUCCCCUCGGGAAUCUUCAAACCCUCACCGGCACUGUCGUCUCCGACUCGGGAAUCGUCGUCUCCGGCUCGGGAAUCAUCUUCUCCGACUCGGGAAUCGUCGUCUCCGGCUCGGGAAUCAUCUUCUCCGACUCGGGAAUCGAAGUCUCCGGCUCGGGAAUCAUCUUCUCCGGCUCGCUAAUCGUCUUCUCCGGUUCGCUAAUCAUCUUCUCCGGCUCGAUAAUCAUCUUCUCCGGCUAUCUAAUCAUCAGCGUCACACUCUCUACUCUCAAAAUCGGUAAAUUUUUAAAAUUAGGGUUUUUGAAUUAAAAUUUGGGAAGCUUGCGUUUUGAUUUUGAUUUGUGUGUUACUCGUUCUUAUUAACAAGCGAAGCAAAUGAAGACUUUUGUGUUGUUUUGUAUUUGUAUUGUUUCAGGAAACCCUUCCUGAAAAUUGGAUUUUUUUUUUCUUGUCUACGCAGGAUAGAAACAAGAUGGGAGAUUCAGUACCUCUAAAACUAGCACUGCCAGGGCUGAAGUAUCCUAUUGGUUCACAGCCAAAGGAAAAGUCAGCAAUCAACCAAUACUCUGGUUCAGAUUAUAUCUCUAUUGUCAAAAGCAUCCUAAAACCAGAUGAGAUUAUAAGAGUCCGAGGAUCAUUUCUGGGACCUGUAAUGAAGCUCAGUGAGAGAGGAUUGAAGUUAUCAGCAAAGAUAGUCUACGCCAUUCUCACUAGAAGCAUCGUUUCUGUCAAGGAGAAUGAAGCCUGGUUCCAUUUCGGUGCGUAGCCAAUGAGGUUCUCUAUAAGAGAAUUUCAUAUGAUGACAGGCUUGAAAUGUAGUGGUGCAUUAGAAGGACCACGAAGGAAAACCGAGAGAUUUAAUUGGGAAUUGCUAAAGGGGCGUAGUCAUAAGUUAAGUGACGUGGUGGACCAGCUCAGAAACACAAGAGAAGAUGCUUAUGAGGAGAGAAUAUGCCUCGCAAUGCUCAUCCUGGUAGAGAGCAUAUUAUUGCGGAAGAGCAAAGGAGGGAGUUUUCCUUUGGAAUAUGCGAAAAAUGCACAGGAUAUGACAUAUCCAUGGGGAAAAGAGGCUUACAUUGUGCUCCUGAAGUCAAUUCAAAACGCUGUCGCGAAUCAUUUGGAGAAUAAAUCCAAAUUUGAGUUGCAAGGUUAUCCUCUAGUAUUCCUUCUUUGGAUACUAGAGUCGAUUCCUUUGCUAAGGGAUAAGUUCAGUAAGUGUGUACCAACAGUUGAGGUUCCUGGGCCGACUUACUUGUGUGAAAAAUACACUGAGGUAGAGAAUCCAUCACUUGAUAGGGUUUUACAGGUUGAAGCUGAUACAAAGGUAAGCUUUUCCAAGUAUAUGUUUCUCAGUUUAUUUGGCUUCUUCUUUUUAAUAUGUUUCUCAUUGGUCUUUUUUUGAAAUAUUCUCAGCUGAAGGUCCAUUGCAUACUACCUUCUAUUCCUCAUGAUCCAGAAGAUGAUAUCUCCAUUGAAGACAAAUAUAGUGACGAGUUGGAAACAGUGAAAGAUGUAACAAAGAAAGGGUACAAGAUUACAGCCGAUGACUGGGAAAAUAGGUGUGUAGACACAUUUGACACAUUGGAUGCUCUUAUUCAAAUGAUGGCAAAUAAGGAGACUGGCCAAGCUUCUACUCCGAUUGAUGAGGAUUCAGUAAAUGAAAAAGUGAACAUGAUCAUCACGGUAAUGGAGGAGAAUCUGAAGAGCAUGAAGGAUCGAAUGUCAUUACUGGAAGAAGAAAACAUACAUCUUAGAGCUCGUGUGUCAAAGUUGGAAGGAAACAACAAUGUUUUUCCCACUAACGUGACACAAAAGGUAAAUUCUCAAAACAUCUUCUUUUACAUUUGCAUUUUCAAGUAUUUUUUGGAAGAUCUUGUACAUAUUCUUGAAUGCCUUCCUAAUAUUUGACAAACAGCAAUCCAGUGGGACACCUUUAUCUCCAAUGUCUCACACGCAACCAUCGAGUGAGACACCUUUAUCUCCAAUGUCUCAACAGCCUAAUUUGACACAUGAGGUAUGUAACCAAUAAAUAUUGUUGAGUUUUGAAGUAAUAUUUGGAAAGCUUUUGUACUUCUUGAAUGCAUUCCUGAUUUUUGCAGGAGACAAUGAUUGAAUCACCUGCAUCUCCAAAGUCUCAACAAAAUGAGGAUUACACGCAAUCAUCGAGUGAGACGCCUUUAUCUCCAAUGUCUCAACAGCCUAAUUUGACAAAUGAGGACACAAUGAAUGAAUCAGAUGAUGAAACUCCUGCCCUUGAUACUCAAGUAUUCUCUCCUAAUCUGACAAAAGAGAAAGAAACAGAAACGUCUACCGGUGAGAGGCCAUCCAAUCCUAAUCAAGAUGGAAAACCAGAUGAUGAGAUUGUGAGAGAGAAAUUAACAAGUGAGUCACCUGCUAGUCAGAGUCAAGUUUUGCAGAAAGAAACAGUAGAAAUGAAUGAGACACCUUCUUCUCCAAUAGCUCCAAAGAGUAUUGAAACUCCCGUUUAUACUCCAAGUCAGACUCAGCAGAUUGAGAGAGAGCCAUCGGAUGACACGCCUGCCCUUGAUACUCAAGUUUUUACUCCUAAUCUGACAAAAGAGAGGGAAACACAAACCUCUACUGAUGAAACGCCACCCAAAACUAAUCAAGGAGAAGGAAAACCAGAUGAUGAGAUUGUGAUUGAGUCACCUGCUGCUCAGACUCAAGUUUUGCAAAAAGAAACACUGGAAAUGAAUGAGACACCUUCUUCUCCAAUAUCUCCAAAGAGUAUUGAGGCUCAAGUUUUUACUCCAAUUCAGAAACAGCAGACGGUAACAGAGGAAACGUAUGAGGCUACACAGCCAUUGACUGAGAUCAUUUCAGCAAACAAUAAAAAGGAGGAUACACAUGCUGUGCAUUACAGACCUUCCUCUCCAUUGUCUUCACUAAUUGCACUAGUUAUUGAAGAAAAUAAGAAUGCUUUGAGUGAGACAGAAACUGCGACCCAAUAUUUUUCUACAAGUGAAGGAGAGCAUUCACAAUCAAGCAGAAAGAAUCAAGCGGAAGAAUAUCUCAAGGAUACUACAGAACCUACUACUGAGCUAGUUUCCACAGAUGUUUCGAAGACACAGCCUCUUACUCCGCAAACACAGCACCUUCAGACAAGUGAGGGAGAUCAAUCCGAUGAGACACCAUCAGAGCAGAAUCAAGCAGAAGAAAAAUCUCAAGGAUACUACAGAACCUACUACUGAGCUAGUUUCCACAUAUGUUUCGAAGAUGCCGCCUAUUACUCAGCAAACAGAGCAUCUUCAGACAAGUGCUAUAGAUUUUUCAGAAAAAAACGAGGUAUGCAUCGAGUAUAUUUGAUCUUUAAUUAUUAUUCUAACAAUUUAAAACCGCUGAUGUUACUGAAUCUUCAUUUUUAAUAGGUUGAAGUAAGCAGGCUUCUAGCUCACUUUCAAAUAGGCGCAGAGGUUGAAAUUUUGUCUACUGAUGACGAAAUAUGGUAUCCAGGAAAGGUUGUUGAUCUUAAACUGUGUGAAGGACUAGAGGAGCUGACAGUUGAGUACACGACACUCUUCACAGACCAACAUAGACUUCAGAAACUUCAGGAUACUAUCACGGCUGACAAAAUACGUCCUGCAACACCAACUAGUGACCAAAAAUCCUUUGAGAUGAUGGAUAAGGUAGAAGCCUUCUACAACAAUGGCUGGAGCAGCGGACAAAUUAGCAUGGUACUUGGUGAUAACACAUACUCGGUGUGUCUCUAUACUUCUAUGGAAACUAUUCUAUUCAAACAUUCAGAUUUGCGAAUUCAUAGAGAAUGGAAAGAUGGAGUCUGGAAGAUGGCAGAUAAGGUAAAUCAUAACUAGAAUUAUACUUCACGUGAAUUGUUUGAUAUACAUACAUUUUAGUUUCAGGAAUGGUUUCCAGAAAUUCCGAUUGCAACAAAUUUGAUAAUAUUUUGCUUGGUGUCUAUUGUUUGAUUAAAGGUGAAGCCUGAUAAGAAAAGGAAAGCUGCUGCCUCAUCACAAAAUUCAGGAAUGGAUAAUGUUUUCCUAAGAAGGAGCGAGAGGGUGCCUAAACGAUCUAGAGACACAAAAACUCCAUUCAAGUCUGACAGAAAUCCGGCUUUAACUGUAAUACCUGAGAUUAUACCUGCAGUUGAUCCGUUUUCAACUCCUGCGGAACAUAAGCUUUCAAGGCUUCAAAAUUGGAUGACAUUAAAGCCCGGCAUGCAUGAAACGUAAGCAUGUUUCUGUCCUUGUCUAUAUAUUCUUAUAUUUAUGUAUAAGAGGUUUGGUAAUUCCUUUGAAUCUUUAAUCGACUGCAGGUCCCUAUCAAUCAAUGAUAAUAAGAUAAGGAAAUCUUUCUUUCAAAGCAUGGAAAAUGCAAAAAAGGA